AUGACCUGGGAUUACUUGAGAACCAGAUCCCCUUCUUUAUUCUGUGUGGCGCUCAACAAUAUUACUGAGGAACAAACUAGUUCAUGCCUUUCUGAACCUGAUUAUACAUCGAGCAACAAGUGGGGAUUCAAGUAUUGCACUUCUGAACUUUUGGAGGCUGCAAUCGAGUUUCAAAUUCCGGCUUGGGACGACAACAAAUUGUUGAACAUAAAUUUCAAAAACGGAGUCCUGAGCAUUCCCCAAUUGAUCAUUACCGACGCAUCGAGUUCAGUGUUGAGGAACCUCAUUGCCUUCGAGCAGUACGGUGUUAGCAGUACAAAUGGAGUUACAUCGUACGCAUUCCUUCUGCAGAGUCUCGAUGUUGUUCCCAAGGACGACUUCUACUUUGCUAAAUUGCGGGACCAAGUGGACAAACACAAGACGCCCUGGUACCAUUUUAACAAGCUUAAAGCAAUAUUCCGUCCCUCAGGAAGCUCAUACUGGAAGCUGAACGGAAAAGGAAAAUCUGCUGGGAUGAAUAAUGAGGACAUCCUACAACUGGAGGCAGAAUCAACUGAUAAGAACGAAUGGAAGCGGGAGAUUACUAAAAAACUUCACCAGAAAGUGGCAACAGGGUCAGAAAACUUGAGCAUUUAUAAAGUUCCAAAAAACCUUCGAAAAGUCAAGGAUGAAGCAUACAACUCUCGUGUUGUCUCAAUUGGACCCUUCCAUCUAGGCAACCAUGCCCUCGUAGCUAUGAGACAUCAUAAAUGGCAUUACAUGCAAUAUUUUUUUGCACGAAUAGAAGAUCAUCAACAAUCCCUCCAAUGUUUAGAAGUGUGUACCAAUGCUAUUUAUGAUUUAGAUGAAAAGGUUCGUGGAUGCUAUUCCGAAAAGAUAGACCACAUUGAUAAGAACGUGCUAGCAGAAAUCAUGUUACUAGAUGGUUGCUUUAUAUUGGAACUUUUCCUCAGGUAUGACCAACACUUAAAUAUGAAGUUAGAAGACGAAUCUGAUCCAAUAUUCAAUAGUGCUUGGAUGAUUGCAGCUCUUCGCCAUGAUCUGAUAUUACUUGAAAACCAGAUCCCCUUCUUUAUUCUCAAAAGUUUGUAUGAUGCUAUGAAGUCUCGUCUUAAGGGUACACCAAACUCUGUCACUAGCCUUGCUCUCAAGUUCUUUGAAAUGAACCAAAAGUCAACAAAAGAAGAGCCUGACACAAAAAACCAUCAUUUGCUUCAUCUUUUGCACAAAUUCUACCUCCCAAAUUUAGAUUCCACAACAACAGAUCACCAACUGAAACGCAGUGUUACAGAGAUCCGACCUGGUCAUAUGUCAAUCUCAGUCUCUGUUGAAUUGACUUCUCACAUUCAACAUGUUUCUGCAAUACAUCUAACUUCAGGGAUUCCUAGACCUGAACAAGCAGCUGCAACCAAUAUUAAAACAUGGGGAUUCAAUUUUAGCGCUUCAAACCUUUUAAGGGCUGGGAUUGAGUUUGAAAAAGGGUUGUCGGAGGACCAUUUGUUAAACAUAACUUUCGUCAAGGGAAUAAUCAGAAUUCCACCAGUCGACAUUCACUUGACAUCAGAUACACUCUUUAGGAACUUGAUCGCUUUUGAGCAAUGCAGCCUUAGAAGUACGCAUCAUAUUACGUCGUAUUUGAUCCUCAUGAAGAGUCUCAUACCAAGAAUAUUUCACUGA